AUGAAUAUGGCACAUCAGAAUAACUGGUUGAAUGUACACAAACCAUCGAAUGGUCAACACUCCUUUGUUUUUUGUCCCCCGGGUAACCUGAAAGAAUGUAUUGAUUGGUUGUUGAGGUUCACUAACAAAGAUGCUCAAGGUGGUGGUGAUAAAUCAGAUGCUGUGAAAACGGUAGCCAGAGAAUUGUUGAAGUUGUUUAAGGACGCUAAAAGGCGGAUAUUUUACGGCGAAUACAGAAAUGUAUUAGUUACAGUGGUAAAAGAGGUGGAAGACAGGGACAGUAAAUAUGGCGAUAGCGGCUCAAACCUUGGUGUAAGAAGCCCACUUAGCACGAAUUUGGCCACUUACAUUGGAUACAAAUAUGGCAGCGGCGGUCGUGCUGGGAGUUCUAUCACUUGGACGGCGGAUGACGUACGUUAG